AUCAAACAUUGAGCUGUAAGAAAGAAACCAUUGGCGACUAAGCGUUGACCCUCUAUCUCUCUCUCUAUCUCUCGGUAGCCAUGGUUGCUCUGCGUUUCAUCUUCUCAUCAUCUUUUCUUCUUGUUCUUCAUCUUCUUAUUCCUCAAGCUCAGCCUCGCUCUCUCAUUAAGCCCACUUCCACAUUCUCCAUUCAAGAAGCCACUGUUGAUGACAUCAGAGUUGCUUUCAAGGAUAAGAGACUGACAUCAAAACAGCUCGUUGAGUUCUAUCUCAAAGCCAUCUCCAAACUCAACCCGAUGCUCCACGCCGUCAUAGAGACGAACCCAGAUGCGUUAAUCGAUGCAGAGAGGGCAGACAAAGAACGCCAGCUCAAAGGCGUCACUAAGCUUCCCAUGUUGCACGGUAUACCGGUUCUGCUCAAGGACAACAUAUCCACGAAAGACAAGCUUAACACAACGGCUGGUUCCUUUGCUUUGCUUGGUUCGAUCGUCCCUCGAGACGCGGGUGUUGUCAAGAGACUCCGAAGAUCUGGUGCUGUGAUCUUGGGCAAAGCCAGUUUAAGCGAAUGGGCUCACUUCCGAUCUUUUUCCAUCCCAAAUGGUUGGAGUGCACGUGGCCUCCAAGGAAAGAAUCCAUAUGUUUUAUCAGCAGAUCCAUCUGGGUCAAGUAGUGGAUCAGCUAUUUCUGUAGCAGCCAAUCUUGUGGCUGUAUCACUAGGGACUGAAACUGAUGGUUCCAUUCUUUCUCCAUCGAGCCAGAACUCAGUGGUCGGGAUUAAACCAAGUGUCGGGCUCACAAGCAGAGCCGGGGUGGUCCCUAUCUCCUUGAGACAGGACAGCGUUGGGCCAAUAUGCAAGAGAGUUACAGAUUCUGUUCAUGUCCUUGAUGCUAUUGUGGGUUAUGAUCCAUUGGACGAGGCCACGAAGACCGCUUCUAAGCACAUACCCAAUGGCGGUUAUAAGCAGUUUCUGAGAGCUAAUGGCCUCAAGGGUAAAAGAUUAGGCGUUGUAUUUGGUUCUCUUCUUGAUCAUCACAUCAAAACACUAAGACAAGAAGGAGCCAUCGUCAUUCAAGAUUUAACGAUACCAUACACAGAUAACGGUGAAAUAAUUGCACUUUUGGCUGAGUUCAAAACCUCUCUCAACGCAUAUCUUAAAGCGCUUGUGAAAUCGCCAGUCCGAUCCUUAGCAGACGUUAUUGCCUUCAACAAAAAAUUUGCUAAAAAGGAAAAAGUGAAAGAAUGGGGACAAGAGGUCUUCCUUGAAGCAGAAGCAACCAAUGGAAUGGGUGAAAAAGAGAAAGCAGCGUUGCUUACAAUGGAAGAAUUUUCGAGGAAUGGAAUCGAAAAGCUGAUGAAAGAGAAAAAGUUAGAUGCAAUAGUGACAUACGGUUCAACGUUGAGCUCUGUUCUCGCCAUUGGAGGGUAUCCAGGAAUCACUGUCCCUGCAGGAUAUGAUAGUGAAGGAGUUCCGUUCGGGAUUAGCUUUGGAGGAUUGAGAUUCUCAGAGCCAAAGCUCAUUGAGAUUGCUUAUGGCUUCGAACAAGCAACUCUCAUUAGGAAACCUCCCAAAUUCAAAGCUUGAGGGAGGCACCUGCAAAGUUGAUAUUUUGUGGUCCGUUGUUUAGGACCUUUAUUUCCUUCUUUUGGGCUUAGUUUUUUCAGGGAGUCACAUACCAUUCUAUCCAAAAGUUCAAAACCAGAGCUAAGUAGAAAACAAUGCUAUCUGUAUCAUCAAUCUUAGAUUUUCUCUCAUGUCGGAGAAAUGAUUACCCCGAAUACUGCUCGUCUCAGAGGAGUAUUGUAUUUAAUUUGGGCAUCGACUGAAGGAGUGAGAGCAGCGAUGCAAGACACGUCAAUGGUGAGAACUUCUCCUAACCUCCAGAACUUUUUGUACAACUAACAUGUUAUAGAUAUAGUGAUAGAGUAUAGAUCUAUGCUUCUCGUAACAAACUCUUCUUGUAUAGAUUCAAUGAAUAAAGGAAGUACAGCUUUGUAGAA